AGUGGCGCUGCUGUGCCGACCAGUAGUGACAAGAUGGCGACGCCCAGUGAACUGUCUAUCGAAGAGAUUCGCGAAUAUUUAUUGGAAAAUGGGGGCACUGCUCGUAAUCACGAUCUGGUGAAGCACUUCAAGAAGUUCCUAACGGAUCCGGAAACACGAGUCGAGGCACGAAAUCGGUUCAAGGAGUAUGUAAACACCCUGGCUACUAUAAAGAACGAAGAGGGUGAAAGAUAUUUGGUUCUGAAGAAGAAGUAUCGUCUAAAUUCUCUGCAACUGUCGUCUCCGGAUCAAAUUGGAUCACCUAUUUCCACUGCCGACAUAUCUACCCCGGUUUCUCCGUUACGAGUUCCGCCACCCUACCGGGCCCCACCUCCCGCACCCCUCAGUCCGCCGGCGAAUAAUACGAACGCACAUCGCGAGGAGUCGUGUUCGAAUUUCUCCCGCGAAGAAGUCGCUAUCAGUGCACAGAAAAAUGGCGUUGAUCAAGUCGAGACCGGAUUUUCAACAUCGUCACCUCCCGUACCGCCACGCCGUAAAAGUCAAGAUAAGAUCAAGAUCGAGAAUAAGGAGAACGUGGACAAGAAUAAGGGAGGAUCAGAGGCUGUUAUCAAGGAAGAUGAGGCCGUCGCGACGAAUCCGGGCUCAACCGAGCAAUUAAGCUUCCGCGAGCGGAUGCAACGUUUCAACCGGAUGGCUAGCGAAACCGAUCUCCAAGGCAGGCCUAACGGCACUAUCACACCUACUAAAAAGCGAUCUGACAAGGGCGCCGACGAAGAUGACAGCGCUUCCGUUGCCUCGCAACUGGACGGGAAGUCACGGGAGUGGUUGGUCAGAGCGGCGCAAGGGGAUUAUCAGGCAUUGGCGAAAUUGGCCACGGAAGAACCUCGCCUCACCCGACUCAAGGAUCCAACGUCCGGCGCCGAUACGCGAUUGCCAGCUCGGCGUAACUUGAUUGCUGGCUGUCAACGAUCGUCCGACUGUAUUCUCGAUUAUUAUUCCACUCUGCGACAGCACCUCUUUCACCCCCUCGUAACAUCGGCUAACGACAUAGAUCCCCGCCGCGCAACGUUUAAUCGCAACUACUAUACGGCGUUGCACUGGGCGGCCAAGCACGGCGACGAGAACAUCGUGAAGCUGAUCGCGGGUACCUACAAGGAUUAUAUCAAGAGCGUCAAUGAGACUUCGAACGGGGGAUACACGCCGUUGCACAUCGCGAUGCAGUUCGGUCACGAGAAUAUCUUCAAUCUGUUGGUUCAGGUGUACGGUGCGAACCAAGAGGUACGCGACUACAGCGGAAAGAAGGCCAGACAAUACUUGGUCUCCCAGGAGGCCGCUGUCAGUCAGGACACCUUCCGCAGGAUUACUGCUGCCGCUACGCUCAGGCAAGUUCAGAAGCACACCUCUGCUAAAGUAGUAAAGCGCUUGUGUCGCAAGAUUAAAGUAGCCGCACCUUAGAGUAACGUAUGACUGUCACUUUUGUCGACGCUGACGUGAGUAUUGCGCGGAGAAUCCGCGGGUCCACUUCGCGUUUUUAACACGCUACGCCAUCGAGAUAUCUCGACGGUCUACGACAGGAAGAAGACUCUCCGAUAUUUUUUUUUUUUCUAUCCUUUUGUUUUAUUUAUUAUAUUCUUUUUUCCUUUCUCUCUUACUUUUUCCUCUAAUUCAAUCGGUAUCCGAUAAACAGUGGACCCGUUCAUUCCCGAAAUUCCAAUGGAAUCAUGUACUCGUGACUCUUCGCUUCAGUCUUUUCUUUUUCAACGAAUCGCACACCACUGAUUAUUUUUGUGAUGUCUUUACACGUAUACUUAACUGUAAACGCGUAUAAAGUCGCGAAGUGUGGCUGUUUGCGAACGCGUAAAUAUUUCGUUUAUCUCGUUUAUUUAUUGUUUGAUGAUGUCGUGUUGCUAUUAAUUGAACGUUGCGCUUGUCACCGAAUGCCUCGACGUAAUUAAAUCACACUUGUGUAACGAUCGAUGCGUGGCAUUCUCGUGUUGCGAUACUCUCGAGGCUUGACGCAACGCACGUGGUAUCGAGAAGGCUGAAAAUAAAACUGGUGAACAAGCAUAAAUCCUCGCCUCACGUUGUCUCCAAACGAUUUGUCUUUGAACGAAAAUUACGUUUCAACGAUCAAUCGAAGUGGCAGUAGUACCUGAAAACACUCCCAGCACCGUAGAAACGAUGUGAUUUAACCCUGUCAGCCGACGAUGCGAACAGUUCCUGAAUGCCGCGAUUUUAUCUCGUUCAAUUUACACGUUUAUGCUCUCCGGCGAUCGCGUAAGACGGCGAGAACGACUCGGGCCUGUUCCACAUCGUCGGCUAACGACAAUCGUCAGUGUUUUCUUUGUUGUCACUGUUCAACGCGUUUGAUGGUAAAGCAUGUGUACGCGAGCAUGAGAAAAUUUACCGAUUUCCUUCAUUCACGUCCGUUUUCCGUACGCGUUGCACCUCUAGAUCUCGACAAUUGAAUAAUCGUCAGUUUUAUUUUAACAGAGAUUCGCUUUGUUACACGUCCUAUCAUUACACGUUAAUUGUAUGCAGCGCGAGUUCACUCACCCUUUUGAUCUUCCGUUCGAUGAAACACGCGAGAAGAUCGACUACUUCCCGCCGCGGCGCCGGAAGGCGCUCGCACGACUUCGCGGCAAACAUCGACUUCACGCGCGAAUACGAAGCGACACGAGUUACUUUUUAACCAGAUUAACUCUCUCGGUUGUAUCUCCGUCCUGUUUCGAUUGCUCGUCGAGUAUGAAAGACGAGUUUAAUCGUUUUACGAGCGAAUCCAUCUUCGAUGCUCGGUUGCGUGGAAGAAGUUUGUUUUUAGAUGAUCAGUGCUUAGUAGCGUCGUAGCAAGUUGUAACAGAGGCUGACUGCCUACGUAUUUCGUAUAUUUUUCUACGAUUAACGACGAAGACAAGAAUUUCAAGAGCUUGCUAUUGACUCAAACGAGUACGAUAAAUUCUCUUAUUCGUUGUCGCUGAUAAUAAUCAGCCUAUUUUACGAGCUACUUUAUCACGUUAAACGUAAUACUACGUUAGGUAGCGUUAAUUGGUCAAAGUUAUCACAAAUCUUACGAAUACUAAAGCUUCUUUAAUUUAAGUAUUUUGAUCAACUGCGACAUCGCUGAUCACUGAUUAUUUCUAUGACAGUUGACGUAUUGAUUCGAGAAGAAAUUUCGACAGAGCGUUUUCUUAAGAAUUUUUAUAGAUUCGUCUAGAAACUUUGAACGAUUAUAUUAAUCGAUCAAUGUGGUUACCAAGCACUGAGCAUCUCUGCAGCUCCUCCAUUCGUUAUUAACCAACGUCGACAGCCAGCAAAUACAACGGAAGCUGUCGUUCUAACGUUUUCUAACCACGACGACUAAUUCCGUUCGGUCGUUUAGUGGCUUUCUGAUAAUUUUUAAUAAUCACUCCGUGUCUACUAAUCCUUGAUACUCCUCUUCUUCGACGACCGCGCGCGUCGUCGUGCCUCCACGAGACAGUCUCAAAUGAUUUUCUAUUUUAUUUCAGAAAUAAAAGCAAGGAAAAAGCAUGCAGGUAAGAAAUAAUACGCAUGGAACGAUCACUAAUUAAAUGGAGCUAUAGUUUAGUGCAUGCGUCGGGCCGAUCUGUGGAGUAGACAGUGUGUUCGGUAGAGUGGUUUUUCGUUUUUCUCUAAACCUGGUACACUACCACUUGUUUCUAUUCGCAGUAUUAUUCUUUAGACGGAAAGUGAAAAGAUUAUUAGGAUCCGUAUUGGUAACGUAGAAUUUUCACUUUCUACUUCGAAAUAUCUUUAUAUAGAUCUCCGACAUAGGAUUAUUCUAUGACCGAAACGAAGAAAAUUGGCGUUGCUCGACUAUCUUUAUACACGUAGCAUAACUCGCGAAAAAUUAUACCAGACACUCGAUACUUUCUACCGUCAAUUUUCUCCUUUCUUAUAGAUGAACUCCUAGUCUCGAAUUUCUACAAUUACACUUUACAACUGACGCAUCUAUCCCUCGCACAAGUCUGCGUAUCUCGAAACAAUUGCCCUCUUAGGUAUCUCACAAAAAUCUUGCUCCUCGUUAACAACAACCUCAUCUUACUCUAACGCCAUUCCGUUUA